UAAAAAGUCAAGAACGUCGCGUCGCAAAUAAAUGUUUAAUAAAUUUCGUUGAAACAAACGUCCAUUUGAAAUAAAAUAAAAGUAAGGCAAGCCAAGCAAGUAGCGCUAACUAGAUUUUAUUAAUUUGUUACUAGUCGCUCCAUAAACGUGUCGGGACCAGAGAACAAGUCGCUACAAAAAUUUCGGUUUUUGUUGGCCUCUCUGAUAUGGGAAUGCGUGCCCAGGUGUGUGUGCGUGUGGGUAAUUAAACAAAAGUAUUAAGCAAAAUUUACAUAUUUUGCAAUCCGCGCAGUCCGUUUGGAAAGUGAAAAAGGCAGAUAAAAAGGCAGACGACAAUUGUUACAGGCGCAGCUGCGUCGCAGGCGGCACUUCCUACAACGGUUUUUGGCCUGCUCCUGCAUUUGCAGCUGCUUGUAUUUGGAUACUUUGUGGUUGUCAUACUCACACACACACACACACACACACACACACACACACACACAAACCACCUCUCGUUAACUACCUUGAAAGCCGUAAAGUGAGAGUGAGAAGGAAAGACAGAGGUGCAAAGUUGAUGCCGUUCAACUAAGCUUGGACACGGUGUACUGUGUGAGUGUUACUGUUUGUGUGUGUCGUAUGCGUGAGCAGAGGCAUUAGUCAUUUUUUGCCUGAGCCAAAACUGGACUGGAAGAUUGACGGUCCUUUAGCGGCUCUGCAGCACAUCAUUUGGAACGCAUCAACCAAAGAGAGUCACAUCAAAGUCAUCUGUGCGUAUCUUGAAAAGGUGAAAUGACGAUUCCAUCGAGACCAGCGCCAGCCCCGCCCGGAGCGCGUGCACAGAGCGCUGCGGAUGGAGCGAAUGCCAGCCUGGAUCAGCUGCGUCUACAGCUCCAGCAGCAGCACUUGCAGCAGCAGCAAUCGUCUGGUGGAAGUUUGCAGAAGUUCACCAUUAAGCUUCCUCCGCCUCCCAAGCGGCCGCUGCAGCAACAGUCGCUGAAUGCGCAGCACAAAAGAUCCAACAACAAUCUUUUUGAGGAGCAGACGGGCUCCAGCAUCACACGAAAGUUCCCCCAGGCGCGGUAUACGCCGACCACCAACUGGGACGACGAUCCCUUUGGAGGGGGAGGGGGAGGAGCUGCUGCUAAUGGAAAUGGCAACUUAAGGAAGAUGCCACCGCCGCGACCGCCUCCGCCGAAGGUGCAAGUUCAGAUGAAUGGCCAUAAGGCUGCCGCCACUGGCACAUCAGCGACGUCGGCCGGUGGCGGCGGAAACCUCAUCUCCAACAUCUUCCACCGCAAAAAGACUCCGUCUACAACAACGUCUGCUGCUUCAAAGGCCGCAGUGCAGAGUCGAGUCUACGGCCUGAGCAGCGGCCAUGCCGGGACGGCGGCACCCACAGCAGCAGCAGCUGCAGCUGCAGUCGCAUCGUCGGCCAGUGGGUCGUUCAGCAACACGGAUUGGAACGCUGCCUGGAAUACGGCCACCACUACAACUACCACAACUGGCAGCAGCAGCAGCUCCCACUACUCUCACACAACGAGCAAUGGGACUGCGGUUGAGGGACAGCUCAUCAGCUUUGACUCGCCGCCUUCGUCGCCCACCUUCACGCAGAAGUCGAACAGCGACUGCGUGAGUGUCGAUAGCUUCAGCUCGGACAGCAACUUCAGUUCACCCAACAACGGCAGCGUUUCGCAGCCGGAAAGUGGGUUCGAGGACGACUUCCACCGCUCCCGACCAGCUACCCAGAGUCCGCUAGAUCCCUGGGAGGCUGUAGACAGUGCCGGCCAUAGCGCGGUCGACAGUUUCGGCUCGGCAGCGGUGCGACAGACGUAUCAGACAUACCAUCAGAUACGCACGUCAGACAAUCCAUUGUGCAAUGGCAAGAGCCUUCUGCCCCCCAUACAGUCGCUGGCCAUGCCCACCAUCAUCAAGCCGAAGAUUUCGCAGAAGCCGAAAGCGCCUAGGGCUCCGCCGUUCGUCGGUGGAAUGCCACCCGGCUACGUAGGUGCCUUUAACCCACCUUCUCCUCCCAUGCCGAAGGGUGCCCCGCCACCACUUCCCCCAUCUGUUGGCAGUGGAGCCUCGGGAAUCUCGAUGCUGGAUGUGAUUGCGGGCAGAGUGGAUGCCAUGGCCUUGAGCAACGGCAGCUCAGGCUACAUCGAGGAGGAGCUUGAUCCUUACGCCAUAGCCCUAUACGACUUUGACGGUGUCGAAGAGGGUGAUCUUAGCUUUAGGGAGAACGAGAAAAUCUAUCUGCUGGAGCAGCCCACGCCUGAAUGGAUUCGAGGACGUACGCGCUCCGGCUGCGAGGGUAUUUUCCCUGCCACUUAUGUGGACAUCAAAGUGCCUUUGGGUGCGGGUCAGUCACAAUCAUAUUCACAACCACAGCAACAUAAGCAACAACAGCAGCAAACGCAACAUGAGCACACUGCGCUCUGUUUGUAUAAUUUCCCCGGCGAGGUCGAAGGAGAUCUGCCCUUGCAGGAGAACGAACUGGUUACAGUGCUUUAUAGGAUAAACGAAGAGUGGCUGUUUGGAGAGGCGGGUGGACGGCAGGGGCAGUUUCCGACCAAUUUCCUGGAGCAAGUGCCAGCCAAUCUGCCCACGCUCUAAAGGAGAUGAUCCCGAAACCUAGUUUUAUAAUGUAUACACAAUAAAUAUGUCGAUAGGAGUGAAGCGAACUGAACCAUAUAAACAAAUGAAUAUAAUCAAAUUGUAUUUUUGCUAUAUCCAAAACACAUUAUAUGAUAGGAGAGAAAGAUCUAUGUUUAAGCUACACCCCACCCCCAGAAAAUGUUUUAAUGGUACCACCAAUCGAAAGAUUUCCAGCUUAUACACUGGAUCGAAUGAUUGAUUUUGUGCUUUUCCAGCGAAUAGAAUUGUUUGUUAUAUGGAUGAUUCGAUGUUUAUGUAUUAGUUGAUUGUUUGCUGAUCUUUGGAUUUAAAGUAUUUGCCCAGCCCCCAUACCACCCUUUGUAUACCCCAUUUAGAGCACAUAAAGAGAAACAAAAACAAUUGUAAAUAAAAUAAUUAUAUUACUUUUUAA